AUGGAGAAAAAGACAAUUCUAUAAGAACUUCUUUUAAAGAAGUCGCAACAGAAGAGAAAAAUGUCACCAGCUAAUUACAAGAAAAGGUUGUUUGUUCUGACAAAAACAAGCCUUGCUUAUUACGAAUAUGGCAAAGAGAAAAGAGGAAGAAAGAAGGGGUCCAUUGAGAUUGAGAAAAUCCGAUGUGUUGAGACAGUGAAUCUUGAGGAAUCAACACCUCCUGUGAGACAAUAUCCUUUUCAGAUCGUGUACAAAGAUGGCCUGCUCUAUGUCUAUGCACCUGAUGAAGAGAGACGGAACAAGUGGCUCGCAGCUUUGCAUAGAGAAAUUAAAGAAAAUACCAAUUUACUAAGCAAAUAUCAUAAAAGAUUCUUCACCAAUGGGAGGUUUCUCUGUUGCAAUCAGACUUGUAAAACGGCCCCUGGAUGUACAACUUGGGAGAAAUAUGUGACUCUAUGUUGCACAACCUGGUCUGUGAAACCAUUGCCUCCAGUCCCUCAAACACUGCUGAGACGUAGAAGCCUGCCUCAGGUUGUAUCAUCAAACAAGGGAAUUCUAAAUAUGGCAGUGGCCCAAUGCAACUAUGAACCCUCAGGAAAUUCAGCUAUCCGUCUUGUCAAAAGCAAUAAAUACCAUGUAUUGCAAGAGGAAGAUUUUGCCUGGUGGAAAGUAAGAGAUUUGGAAGGGGAAAACUCAAGUGCCAGUGAGCACACAUCAGCAGAAGAACAGAGCAUGGCUCAGCAUGAUUGGUAUGCUGCUGGUAUCUCCCGUGCUCAAUCUGAGCAGCUGCUCCAUCAGAAGGGGAAAGAAGGUGCUUUUGUGGUGAGGAAAUCAAGCCAGGCAGGAAUUUAUACUAUGUCUGUACUCAGCAAAUUUCAUGAAAGAAAAAAAGGAACAGUCAAACAUUACCAUGUGCACAAAACCCCUGAGAAUAAGUAUUACCUUACUGAAAAUCACUGUUUUGAAACAAUUCCCAAACUGAUAUACCACCACCAGCACAACUCAGCAGGUAUGGUGCCAAGGCUCCGUCACGUGGUAUCAACACAAAUAAAUAAAGUCCCAGCCACAGCUUCAUUGGGAAAUGGAAUCUGGGAGCUGAAGCGAGAGGAAAUUGUGCCGUUGAGAGAGCUGGGAAUUGGUCAGUUUGGAGCAGUGCAUCUGGGAAAGUGGAAGGGACAAUACGAUGUGGCUGUAAAGAUGAUUAAAGAGGGAGUAAUGUCAGAAGAUGAAUUCACAGCAGAAGCUCAGACCAUGAUGAAACUUAAUCAUCCCAAACUUGUUAGACUGUAUGGAGUAUGCUCAGAAUUGCAUCCCAUCUACCUAGUGAUGGAAUAUAUGCCAAAUGGCAGUUUGCUCAGCUACCUACAGACUCAAGGGAAGGAAUUGCAGCCCCUUCAGCUUCUGGAAAUCUGCUAUGACGUUUGUGAUGCUAUGGCUUUUCUGGAGAGCUGUCAGCUCAUACAUAGAAACUUGGCUGCUAGGAACUGUUUGGUUGACAGCAAUCUUACUGUGAAGCUAUCUGACUUUGGGAUGACAAGGUAUAUCCUGGAUGAUCUGUAUGUAAGUUCUCUAGGAACCAAGUUUCCAGUGAAGUGGUCAGCACCAGAAGUUUUUCAUUACACCAAAUUUAGCAGCAAGUCAGAUGUAUGGGCCUUUGGUAUCUUAAUGUGGGAGGUGUUCACUUUGGGAAAGCAGCCCUAUGAGCUGUACGAUAACAUGCAGGUGAUUGAGAAAGUUUCUCAAGGAUACAGACUUUAUAGGCCGCAACUGGUUUCGGACAUCACCUACCAGAUAAUGUACAACUGCUGGCAUGAGCUGCCAGAAAAGCGUCCUGCCUUUCAUCAGCUCCUGUCAUUUUUUGAGGUGCUGAGAGAAGAUAGCAGGCCUUGAAAAAGAAGAUUCACAUACAGAUGACUGUGCAUACUUGUUCCAUAUCAUCUGCCUUCUGUGAGAGAGUGAAAUCUGAACUCUUCCUGACAUGAGCCACCUCUGUUGUACAGUAUAUUAGUUUCUAAUUUAGUUAGGGAUUUGACCAAGAAGAAUAUGGGGAAAGCUUUUAUGAUAGUCUGCAGGUGACAGCACC